AGAAAUGUUAUAAGCUUAUUGCUAGCAUUUAUAUCUUUCCCUAGAUUCGCUGGAAAACCCCAAUUCUCCACUCACUUCUUGCGACGCGCGCCGGCGGCUGCUCAGGCGAAGAUUUUUGAAUUUGAGUUGGAGAGAGGCAUACCAGCGGCAGUAAAAAUGUCUAGAAAGGGAUUGAUGGAGCAGGACCUCAAUAAGCUGGAUGUAUCAACACUACAUCCACUCUCACCUGAGGUUAUUUCUCGCCAGGCUACAAUAAAUAUUGGCACUAUUGGUCAUGUGGCUCAUGGGAAAUCAACAGUUGUGAAGGCCAUAUCUGGUGUUCAGACUGUUCGCUUUAAAAAUGAGCUGGAACGUAAUAUUACCAUCAAGCUUGGAUAUGCCAAUGCAAAGAUAUACAAGUGUGAGGAUGAUCGAUGCCCUCGACCCAUGUGCUACAAGGCUUAUGGAAGUGGAAAAGAAGAUAGUCCAAUGUGUGAUGUUCCUGGAUUUGAGAACAGUAGGAUGAAAUUGCUUAGGCACGUGUCUUUUGUUGAUUGCCCUGGUCAUGAUAUUCUCAUGGCUACUAUGCUUAAUGGGGCUGCUAUUAUGGAUGGAGCCUUGCUUCUUAUUGCUGCCAAUGAGAGUUGUCCACAACCACAAACAUCUGAACAUUUAGCUGCUGUUGAAAUUAUGCGACUACAACACAUUAUCAUUCUUCAGAAUAAAGUUGAUCUUGUCCCGGAAAAUGUAGCAAUCAACCAGCAUGAAGCCAUUCAGAAAUUUAUUCAGGGAACUGUUGCAGAUGGUGCACCAGUAGUGCCAAUUUCUGCACAGUUGAAGUACAAUGUUGAUGUUGUAUGUGAAUAUAUUGUGAAGAAAAUACCUAUACCAGAGAGGAACUUCAUUUCACCCCCAAAUAUGAUUGUAAUCAGAUCUUUUGAUGUGAAUAAGCCUGGCUCUGAAGUUGAUGAAAUCAAAGGUGGUGUUGCUGGUGGAAGUAUUCUCAAAGGUGUUCUGAAGGUAAAUCAGUACAUUGAGGUUCGUCCCGGUAUAGUAGUGAAGGAUGAGAAGGACAACAUCAAAUGCACCCCCAUAUACUCAAGAAUAAUUUCGCUGUAUGCCGAGCAGAAUGAAUUACAAUUUGCUGUUCCUGGGGGUCUCAUUGGUGUUGGAACUACAAUGGACCCCACACUUACCCGUGCUGAUAGGCUGGUGGGCCAGGUUCUUGGAGAGGUUGGUUCGCUCCCAGAAGUGUAUGUUGAACUAGAGGUUAAUUUCUUUUUGUUGCGUCGAUUGCUGGGUGUGAGGACAAAAGACACAGAAAGGCAAGGAAAAGUAUCAAAGCUGGCCAAGGGAGAGAUUCUAAUGUUGAACAUUGGAUCAAUGUCCACCGGAGCUCGUGUUCUUGCUGUGAAGAACGUAUUUGCGAAGCUGCAGUUGACUUCCCCUGUGUGCACCAGUAAAGGCGAAAAAAUUGCGCUCAGCCGCAGAAUCGACAGGCACUGGCGUCUGAUUGGCUGGGGUCAGAUCCAAGCUGGCAUCACUCUCGAGGUUCCGCCCUGCCCGAUUUAAAUCAGAUUACUGCAUCUACACCGUAACCACCCGGAGAAAAAAAGAAAUCUCGAACCGUAUAACCAGGGACACUUAAAAUGUGGGAAGGCAGACAACUGCUGGGGACAAUUUUCGUUCGAUGGCGGAGAAAAUAUUAUUUAAAGUUUUUCAUAUUUGACAUAUUGUUUGUGAUGAUUUUGUUUCUUAUACCCUCUCGGAGUUAUUCAUAUUUUUGUUUCAAAUGGCU